AAAAGCAAUCUACAUGUAACCUCAUUAGAAGAUGCAGAAUGUCGCAGAAACAAGGAUCGCCUUGCUAAUGGAAACGGCCACGUCUCAGUUUCCAGGUCUUCCCGCAAUAUCCCAAGGAGGCAUACUCUAGGGGGGGCCCGAAGUUCCAAAGAAAUCCUGGGAAUGCAAACAUCUGAGAUGGACAGGAAGAGAGAAGCUUUCCUAGAACAUCUGAAACAGAAGUACCCUCAUCAUGCCACAGCAAUCAUGGGCCACCAAGAGAGGCUAAGAGACCAGACAAGAAGCCCUAAGCUGUCUCACAGUCCACAACCUCUGAGUUUGAGUGACCCAGCAGAGCAUUUAUCAGAGGCGUCCGGCGAUUCCCUGGAAGCCAUGUCUGAGGGAGAGUCUCCAAGUCCUUUCUCCAGAGGCAGCCGGACUCGCGCAAGCCUUCCAGUCGUGAGAUCCACCAACCAGACGAAAGAAAGAUCUCUGGGAGUUCUGUAUCUUCAGUAUGGAGAUGAAACCAAGCAGCUCAGGAUGCCGAAUGAAAUUACAAGUGCAGACACAAUCCGUGCUCUCUUUGUAAGUGCCUUUCCACAGCAGCUCACCAUGAAAAUGCUGGAGUCGCCAAGUGUCGCCAUUUAUAUCAAAGAUGAAAGCAGAAAUGUGUAUUAUGAAUUAAAUGAUGUCAGGAACAUCCAGGACCGAUCUCUCCUUAAAGUAUACAACAAGGACCCCGCACAUGCUUUCAAUCACAUGCCAAAAACUGUGAACGGAGACAUGAGGAUGCAGAGAGAAAUUGCUUAUGCAAGAGGAGAUGGUUCCGGUGCCUCUAGACCUGGAUCUACAGCACACCCACCCCAUGCGAUCCCAAACUCGCCACCAUCCACGCCUGUGCCCCAUUCCAUGCCUCCUUCCCCGUCCAGAAUCCCUUAUGGGGGCACCCGCACUAUGGUUGUGCCGGGUAACGCCACCAUCCCCAGGGACAGACUCUCCAGCCUGCCUGUCUCCAGAUCCAUCUCGCCAAGCCCAAGCGCCAUUUUAGAAAGAAGAGAUGUGAAGCCAGAUGAAGACAUGAGCGUCAAAAAUCUCGCCAUGUACAGAAAUGAAGGUUUCUAUGGCGACCCUUAUCUGUAUCACGAGGGGCGGAUGAGCAUCGCCUCUUCCCAUGGUGGGCACCCUCUGGAUGUCCCCGACCACAUCAUUGCCUAUCACCGCACAGCAAUCCGGUCGGCCAGUGCUUAUUGUAACCCCACUUUGCCAGCAGAAAUGCACAUGGAACAGUCACUGUACAGACAGAAAUCCAGGAAAUACAUGGAGAGCCACUUGCCUACUCUGGGCUCCAAAACACCGCCUGCUUCUCCCCACCGAGUCGGGGACCUGAGAAUGAUAGACAUGCACCCACAUCUUAAUGCCCACGGGCCUCCUCACACACUGCAGCCAGAGCGGGCCUCGCCCAGCCGCCAGUCCUUCAAGAAAGAGCCAGGCACGUUGGUGUACAUUGAAAAGCCUCGGAAUGUGUCAGGAAUGCCUGGCAUGGUGGACCUUGGCCCUCCGCUAAUAGAGAAGCAAGUUUUUGCUUACAGCACAGCUACAAUACCCAAAGAUAGAGAGACCAGAGAGAGGAUGCAAGCCAUGGAGAAACAGAUUGCCAGUUUAACUGGUCUUGUUCAGUCUGCGCUUUUUAAAGGGCCAAUUACAAGUAAUAGCAAAGAUGCGUCUAGCGAGAAAACAAUGAAAACCACAGCCAAUAAGAACCACACGGAUGGUGCAGGAACCCCCCAAGUUUCAGGCGGGAAGACACUCACUGCCCUGGAGUCCACAGUGCCGCCUGGCCAGUCCCUGCCCGGGGGCUCCGCCGCUGUCCACAUGAGCCUGCUCGACAUGAGGCGAAGCGUGGCCGAGCUCAGGGUGCAGCUCCAGCAGAUGCGACAGCUCCAGCUGCAGAACCAGGAGCUGCUGAGGGCGAUGCUAAAGAAGGCUGAGCUAGAAAUCAGCAGCAGGGUGGUGGAAACAAUGAAGAGGCUGGGGGAUCCCGUGCAGCGACAGCGCAUCCUGGUGGAGCAGGAGAGACAGAAGUACCUGCAUGAGGAAGAGAGGAUCGUCAAGAAGUUGUGUGAGUUGGAGGACUUUGUGGAAGACUUGAAGAAGGACUCUGGCUCAGCUGGCCGAAUGGUCACUCUGAAAGAUGUGGAGGACGGCGCAUUCCUCCUGCGACAAGUGGGAGAAGCCGUGGCUACUUUGAAAGGAGAAUUCCCAACCCUACAGAACAAGAUGCGCGCCAUCCUCCGCAUUGAGGUGGAGGCUGUGCGUUUCCUGAAGGAGGAGCCACACAAGCUGGACAGUCUCCUGAAGAGAGUGCGGAGCAUGACCGACGUCCUGACCAUGUUGAGGAGACAUGUCACCGACGGGCUCCUCAAGGGCGCAGAUGCAGCACAAGCGGCUCAGUACAUGGCGAUGGAGAAAGCCACGGCUGCCGAGGUCCUGCGGAGCCAGGAGGAGGCGUCCCACGCCACCAGCCAGGCCUUGCAUGGCUCUGGGGUCCCAGGCGACGUGAAGUCGGAGGUGGUGACCGUGCACCAUGCACAGAGCUCGCCCGUCGUCAUCCCACCGUCUCAGCACUCCUCGGCCCUGCUCGGCCCUGCCCAGGCCCUGCCUGGGGGCCCAGUGCCGCACCCGGCCAGCCCCCCAGCUGCCCCGCAGGAAGCGGCCUCUGCUUUGCAGCCCACCCCUCAGUCGCCACAGACACCCAUGAAUGGUUCCACCAUGCAGAGCCUGUUCAUCGAGGAAAUCCACAGCGUGAGCUCCAAGAACAGGGCCGUGUCUAUUGAGAAAGCAGAAAGGAAAUGGGAGGAGAAAAGGCACAAUCUGGACCACUACAACGGGAAAGAGUUUGAGAAACUCCUGGAAGAAGCUCAGGCCAAUAUCAUGAAGUCAAUUCCAAACCUGGAGAUGCCACCAUCCUCAAGUUCAUUGCCAAAGGGAGAAGCCCCAGUGGACAAGUUAGAACUUUCAGAAGAUUCUCCAAAUUCAGAACAAGACUUGGACAGGCUGGGGGGGAAGUCCCCACCUCCUCCUCCCCCACCCCCACGGCGGAGCUACCUGCCAGGAUCCGGGCUCACCACCACGAGGUCGGGCGAUGUGGUCUACACCACCAGGAAGGAGAACACCACUGCUAAGGCAAGCAGUGAAGAUACUGGGCCAACCCCACAGGCUCGAGUCACAAAAUGCCCCACAGAGGAGACCGCACCUGCCUGGACCCAAGUCCCACCACCAGUCACUACCCCCUCCUCGAAGGAUGAGGAGGAAGAAGAAGAGGAAGAAGGAGACAAAAUAAUGGCAGAACUCCAGAAUUUGGAAUUUUUCCAUGAAGACGUACGGAAAUCUGAUGUUGAAUAUGCAAAUGGCCCCGCAGUGGAAUCCCGCAAGGUUGCUGCAGGGGCACUAAGGUUUAGUGACCAGCCCAAGGACAAGUGGGACAGAGAAAUGAAUAGUGUUUCUGAUGCUUCAAGAACAUCAGAACACAAAACUGGAAUUUUAGUGAAAGAAAAUGCUGCAGCCAGUAAGAGUUUGCUGAGAGAAAGUAGAGACCAUUCCCAGGAAAACGUGUCGAAAGUCAAUUCUACUACCUCUGGCACUCAUUCCUUAGAGGAUGAAGUAAGUAAAGGACUGAAAGUCUCAGAUCGGCAGACCUCAGCAGCUGAGACUCAGAAGGUGAAUUAUAAAAAGGUAAAGGAGCUGAGUCAUCCAGGACAAGAUGCUCCUAGGAGCCACCUUCCCGCGCCCACCAGACCAACUGAAUUGAGCGCUCAUGACGUCAAAGCACAAGACCGGGAAGAUUCCGUGACAGAUAUUGGCCAAGUCAUUCUAAGACCCAAGGGGGCGAGGCACACCAGCCCGAGUGCUAGUGAGGAAGGAGACCCCGCCUCGAGUUCUCCCACGGAAGAGAGCGCACCCCCUGACAACAUUGCCUUCAUGAUCACCAGCACUGCAGUCCAGGUGCUGUCCAGCGGGGAGGUCCGUGACAUAGUGAGCAAACAAGGAGAAGAUGUACAGACCGUCAAUAUUGAUGCCAAGAAGGAGCUGACCUCCCUGCCAGGAGGGAUGGAACAAGAAGAGCCAGUGGUGUGCCUCGACAAGAAGCCAGUCAUCAUCAUCUUCGACGAGCCCAUGGAUAUCCGGUCGGCCUACAAGAGACUUUCCACCAUAUUUGAGGAGUGUGAUGAGGAAUUAGAGAGAAUGAUGACCGAGGAGAAGAUCGUGGAGGAAGAAGAGGAGGAAAAUGGAGACCCCAGUAUUCAGAAUAACCCUGCCCAGGGGUUUACCCAGAAGGUUGCCUCCCUUAGCCUUGGAUCGGGACAGCCAGCUGAGGGCAAAGUGCAGUCUCACUCCCAGCCAGCAGACACCAGAAUACCAGGAGGAGGACAGGAGAGGAGUAAGAUGGACCUGAGCAAGCUCGGCCCAGCAGAGUCUCUAGACUCUGAGAACAAGUGUGACAUCACCGACGACCAGUUUGAAAGCCCCAAGAAAAAGUUCAAGUUCAAAUUCCCCAAGAAGCAGCUGGCUGCACUCACCCAGGCCAUCCGCACGGGGACCAAGACGGGGAAGAAGACUCUGCAGGUGGUGGUCUACGAAGAGGAGGAAGAAGAUGGCACCCUGAAGCAGCACAAGGAAGCCAGGCGGUUCGAGAUCUCCCGGUCCCAGCCCGAGGACGCCCCCAGGACUCCAGCCCAGAAGCCGGAGCAGCCCAGCUCAGAGGGCUCACGGCAGGUUUCAAGAACUGAUGAAAUUCGGAAGAAUACCUACAAAACCUUGAACAGCCUGGAGCAGACCAUCAAACAGCUGGAAAACACCAUCAGUGAAAUGAGUCCCAAAGCCCUAGGUGAUACCUCAUAUUCUUCCAACAGAGAUUCUGUUGCAAGCUCACCCCACCUCACUCAAGAGGCCUCUCCUCGCACCCCACUAGCUCUGGAUGAAGCUCCCACUGCCCUAGAACCCCCCACAGCGAUACCUCCAGCUUCACGUAAGGGCCCCAGCGGGACCCCACAGACCAGCAGGAUGCCUGUCCCCAUGAGUUCCAAGGGCAGAUCUGGAAGCGCGGACAAACCCAGCAAGCAGUCCAAACUGCAGGACCCCCGCCAGUAUCGUCAGGCUAAUGGAAGUGCUAAGAAAGCUGGUGGGGACAAUAAGCCUACUUCCCCCUCCUUACCUGCUUCUAAGAUUCCAGCCCUUUCUCCCAGCUCUGGGAAAAGCAGUUCUCUGCCCUCUUCCAGUGCCGACAAUUCUAGCUUCCCUAAUCCACCUGCUACUAAACCAUCGGUUACUUCUUCUAACCCUCUCAGCCCCCACACAGGACGAGCCGCUCACUCUGCCUCCCUCAUCCCCUCUGUCUCUAAUGGCUCCUUAAAGUUUCAGAGCCCCCCUCAUCCAGGUAAAGGUCACCAUCUCUCGUUCUCACUGCAGACUCAAAAUGGCCGAGCAGCCCCCCCCCCCUCCCCCGCCUCCCCCACCUCCCUGAACCAAGGUGCCAAGAGCAUCCGGACCAUCCAUACUCCCAGCCUCACCAGCUACAAGGCACAGAACGGAAGUUCCAGCAAAGCCACCCCAUCCACAGCAAAGGAGACCUCUUAA